CACACUGCCCACCACUGCACACUGGACAGAGAGAUGGUGCACACAAAGAACCGGUGGAUCUUCAAAUAUGUGUUUUGUCCGAGAAAAGUUCUUAUUUGUAUAGAGAGGUAAAUGGAUAGGAGCAAAUAUGAACAAUUUUGGAUUACCACAUAUCAGUGCAGUUCUCAUUUACGCGACGAUUUUCUUCUAUGGUGUUUGCUGUAACAGUUCACCAAGGACACAGUGGGAUAACAGUAAUGAAAAGAAGUGGUUUAACAUCUCUACAAACAAAUCAGACUUGGCUCCACUUCAAAGUAGAAGGUUUACACAACUAUACUUUUCCAAAUCUGUGUAUUCAUUUGAAGUGAGGGAAGACACACCACCUGGGACAAUUGUGGGACAUGUGGAGACGCUAAAUAAUAAGGAGAAUGAAACCUCAGUGUACUCAGUUCAGGAGGAUGAUGGCGAUGGUCUUUUCCUUCUCAAUCCACAUUCUGGCGAAUUCCUCCUGUCCCGUGCUUUGGAUUUUGAGAUGGAGCGCUACUACAUUCUGACUGCAGCAGCUCAGCAGGGGGACAGGGAGCUCACCAGGGUCAGGGUGUACUUCAAUGUGAUUGAUGUCAAUGACAAUCCACCAGUGUUCAGCCAGAACGCCUUUUCGGCCUCCAUACCGGAAGACUCACCUGUUGGAAUGUGCUUCCUAAAUCUAAACGUUUCAGAUCUAGACGAGGGUAUAUAUGGAGAAGUGGAUUUGACAGUCACAUCUGGAAAUCUAGAGAGCAAGUUCUCUAUAAACCAGCAUGGAGCUCUAUGUCUAAGAGGGAAGUUAGACAGAGAGACAAACGCAAUGUAUAGCCUCAUUGUCCAGGCCAGUGAUCGUGCUCUACCCAUAGAGGCUCGACUCACAAGCUCAGUGGAUGUUACCGUCUAUCUUCUGGAUGUCAAUGACAACUCCCCACUCAUCACAACCCCAAGUACUGUUAGUUUUCCAGAGAACGCACCUCUUUAUUCUGUCGUUGUGGUUAUACAGGCCACAGAUGCUGAUGCUGGAUCCAAUAGUGAAGUUGUUUUCAGUUUUGAGAGUGCAGAAGAAGAACCGUUCAGUAUAAAUAGUUCGACUGGGGUUGUAUAUCUGCGAAAGCCACUGGACAGAGAAGCCGAGGAUGCUAUUACAGUCCUAGUGAACGUCAAAGAUAAAGGUGUUCCUCCGUUGUUCAGCUCAAUGAACCUUACAGUGCUUAUUGAGGAUGUGAACGACAACAAUCCAGAGUUCACUCAAAGCUCCUACAGUCUUUCAGUAUAUGAGGAUGUACCUCGUGGAACAAGCCUUCUCAGAGUUAACACAAGUGAUCGAGAUAUUGGGUCGAACGGGCAGGUGCGGUUCUCUGUCUUAGAGAAUGGGUUCAUGGUAGACUCUGUUCUAGGUGUGGUCUCAGUGAUAGACAAGAUGGACCGUGAGAAGAAGCCUCUCUACAGCUUUUUUAUCAUUGCAGAAGACCAAGGAGAUAUUCCAAGAUCUGCCACAGCAACCAUUAACAUCACAGUCCUGGAUGUUAAUGACUGUGUUCCUCUUUUUUCAACCGAAUCACUGACAUUACAUGUAUUCGAAAAUGGGAAAGACUCAUCUCAGCACUCCCAUCAGAUAUAUGCAUCUGAUGAAGACUCUGAUGAAGUUAACGGUCAGCUGACAUAUUUUAUACAAUCCGGAAAUGAUGAGAGUCUUUUCUCACUUCAUCCUAAUGGAACAUUUCAAAUCUUAAAAGAUCUUGAUAGAGAACUGAAAAGCCAGUACAUGUUAAAAGUUAUUGCUGUUGAUUCAGGAUUUCCAUCACUGACAGGCACAGGCACCUUGGUUAUUGUUGUUGAUGAUGUCAAUGACAACAUUCCAGUAUUUGACAGUGAGUUGUUAAAGACUCACAUAUUGGAGGAUUCACCUGUUGGGACUGUUUUUCUGAAAGUUACAGCUUCAGACUUAGAUGAUGGUACCAAUGGACAGCUAAGAUAUUCUUUAGAUGACCUGGAUCUUCCUUUUUCCAUUAAUGAAACAUCUGGAGAUUUAUUCACUGUAGGUGUCUUGGACAGAGAGACGGUAGCUUUUUACCGUUUUUUGGUGACUGUCACUGAUGGACAUCCCACAAAGCCUCUUUCGAGCUCCACUGCUGUUUCAGUAACAGUUGAAGACGUGAAUGAUCACUUCCCAUCCUUUCUUUAUGGACCAUAUGUGGCCAAUGUUCCUGCUGGGAUAACCAAAGGAUCAGUUGUCUGCACAGUGAUGGCAGAAGAUGCAGAUGCAGGAUUGAAUGCAAAACUAAAUUUUUCUCUGCAUGGCCAACAUGCCCAUCUCUUCUCCAUUAACUCUCGCACAGGAACAGUGUUCAUGACAGAUUCUGUGAAGAGAAGAAAUGAUAUUACAGUUGAAAUUCAUGUGCAGGAUGGAGCUGAUCUUCCUAAAAUGGACACCACAACCCUGACUGUCAGAUUCCAGAAUGAUACAUACUUUCCUCAUAUUGCAGUCCAAGUUUAUAAGGACGUCCUCUCUGAGAAUGCACCCACAGGGACCCUGGUGGCUAUUGUGACUGCAGAAACACAAAGAAAUGCACCAGUGUCUUUUUAUCUGGCCUCUGGAAACUUUGGGGAGGUUUUUGAGCUUCACCACAGCACUGGUGAGCUGACUGUCAAGGAUCCCUUAGAUUUUGAAACCAACAUGUAUUUUCAUCUACUAGUUGAAGCCAGAGACUCAGGGAUACCGCCUUUUUCAUCAUAUGCUGAACUUAAUUUGAAUAUCAGUGACGUGAAUGAUAACCCACCGGUGUUCUCGCAGAGCAUCUACAAAUGUGAAGUGUAUGAGAACUUGGCUUCAAGUAGGGUGUGUAAUGUGUUAGCAAACGAUGCAGACUCUGGAGUGUUUGCAGAAGUGGAGUACUUCAUUUUGGCUGGUAACAUUGAGAGUGCAUUUAAAAUAGACAAAAUUCAUGGCAGUCUUUUCACAACAAAACGUUUGGAUCGAGAAAAAACACCAUAUUAUAAUCUUACCCUUAAGGCUGCUGAUAAAGAAAACAACAGUCUUUCAGCUAUUGCAGCAGUUAUCGUUAUGGUUCUUGACACAAAUGAUCACGCGCCUCGUUUCUCACAGAUUUUCAUCACGGAGGUUCCUGAGGAUGCUCCUGUUGGAUUUUCAGUCAUUCAGAUAACUGCUACAGAUGAAGAUGUUGGUCUAAAUGCUGUCAUUGAGUAUACAAUCAUCGGCCAAAAUAGUGAGUUCCCAUUCAGUAUUGAUAAAACCACUGGUACUUUACUGGUACUGCAUCCUUUGGACAGAGAAGAUCAAGAUCAUUACAUAGUGAAGGUUAACGCCAAUGAUUCAGCUUGGAGCAUCAGCACAGACGUCACCAUAGACGUUAUAGAUGUCAACGACAACGCACCAGUCUUCUAUCAACCGCUUUACACCCUCACUGUCCCUGAGAUGAAGAUGCAUGUGGUUUUCCUAUUACAAAUUAGUGCUACUGACAGGGAUCUUGGUGAGAAUGCGCAAAUCCUCUUCUUCAUUGAACCACCAAAUGAACGUUUUUUGGUUAAUGCAUCAACUGGGGAAAUUUCAACCAAGCAGCCUAUUGUUCUCCAUGAAUCUGAAUCUGUGAAUUUUACUUUCACAGUUGUGGCGGCUGACUGCGGCAAGGUUCCUUUGAACAGCUCUAGCAUUGUUUUAGUAAUAGUAGUACAGCAUAAUCAAUUCCCACCCUUGUUUUUACCCUUUAGGUCUUUAGUACCAAUUCCUUUAACCAUGAAUGUGGGAACAGAAGUGAUCCAGAUAUCUGCAGUAGAUCAAGAUUCUCUUGAAAUGAACAACAGUGUUGAGUACUUUAAAAAUGGUGGCAAUGGAUCUGUUUAUUUUGAGGUAGAGCGUAUCACCGGAAGAGUGCUGGUAAAUAAAACUUUAGCGAAUAGCCUUAACACCAUCCUAACACUUCAAAUAACUGCCAAAGAUAAAGGCCUUCCUCCUCUUUCUGCACAGACUGAAAUCAGUUUUGAAGUUACACUUGAGAACCUGUUCGCACCACAUUUUCUUGACAGCAAAGUGGAGUUUUUUGUUCCAGAAGAUUUGCCCAUUGAUUCAGUUAUUGGAAAAAUCCAAGGCAAAGAUAAAGAUGAUGGCAUCAAUGGUGUUAUUUCGUAUUCUUUUGAUGGUGGGAAUGAAAAUGGAUUGUUCUCCAUAGGAGAAUCAUCAGGAUUGAUCAUGCUGGUUAAACCACUUGACUUUGAGGAAUUCAAAGCUCAUCAUCUAAACGUCAUUGCUAAGGAUGGAGGCUGGCAUCCCAAGAUGGAGAGACUUGAUAUCACUGUAUAUGUGACAGAUUUAAAUGAUAACCCUCCUGUAUUUACAUCUACUAAUUACAUUGCUACCAUUUCAGAAAAUGCUUUAAUUGGCACCACAGUUUUGCAAGUUUGGGCGAAGGACGCCGACACUGGAAUUCACUCCCAAAUCACAUAUUCGCUUAUUGCAGGAGACAUCCAUCUCUUUUACUUGGACACCAAAAAUGGCACUAUCACCACUUUAGAGAUAUUUGAUUAUGAGAAGAAUCAGCAUUUUGAACUAACAGUCAAGGCCACCAACAUCGGCGUCCCAUAUUUGUUUGAUAUUGCCCGUAUACACAUCCAGAUCGUAGGCAUUAAUGAAUUCAUCCCUGCUUUUCAAAAACAUCUAUACAACUUCAUGGUGUCGGAGGCUUUGCUGCCACAAACUGAAAUAGGAAGAGUUGUUGCCAUAGAUUAUGACCAAGGUCCUGAUGGAGAAGUGUUUUACGUACUUGCGGGGCAAAGUAAAAAAGCUAAUUUUGUGGUGGACGAGCAAACGGGGAUAAUAUACAUCUCAAAAGAUUUAAAAAACCGCCUCCAAAAUGAUGAAGUCCUACAUGUCCUUGCAAAAAACAGAGGGGCCAUUACAGGAUUUAAUGUUGAUGAGGCAUUGAUACAUCUGCACAUACAAGAUGAAAACGAUCCCCCUGAGUUUGAAUCGAUGCUUUACAUCGCAGCAGUAUCGGAGGACAUAUCAAUUGGGACCUCCAUAACUAAAGUCAAAGCAGUGGACCGGGAUGUGAUCCUAGAAUGGAGCAGGUUCUCUUAUAGCAUUGAACAUGGAAAUAUCAAUAGCUCCUUCUUUAUAGAUCCCAUCAGUGGGGUGAUUUCGGUUAACAGUCACCUGGAUAGAGAAAUGUGGGCCUUCUAUAACCUGACGGUCAUUGCUGUUGACGAGGGAUCUCCUGCUGUAACCGGAAGCACGAAGGUAGCUAUCACCAUCAAUGAUGUCAAUGACAAUCCUCCCAAACUUUUGAGCACUGAAGGGUUCAUCCGAGAAAACCAACCUGCUGGCACUCUGGUCUCCACCUUGGCAGCCACAGAUGAUGAUCUUCCUCCAAAUCAAGGUCCUUUCACAUACUGGAUGAUGAGACCUUCUGAGGGUUUUUCGCUCACAUCUGAUGGUGUUCUUGUUACCUCAAGACCCUUUGAUCGGGAACGCAACCCUCUUUUUCAUGUACAUAUUGUGGUUCAAGAUGCUGGUAAGCCUCCAAUGUCCUCCACCACUUUGUUUCAUAUUAAAGUUCUUGAUGAAAAUGACAAUGCACCGCUCCAGAGAAACAUUAAUAUAUUGGUGAAAUAUUAUGGAAGUUCCUUCCCAGGAGGACUAAUCGGAAAUGUAAGACCGACUGAUCAGGACGAACUGGAUGUGUUCAAUUGUACAAUCAAAAACGGGCCACUCAGGAUGUUUAGUUUCCCAUUCGGGAUGUGUAAUUUGUGGUCCUCCCCUUACCAAGGAGAGGCAACCUAUAAUAUUUCAGUCGAAGCGAGUGACCAGCUCCACCCUUCGGUCAACAACAGCAUCUACGUCAGUUACAAAGGCUUUACCAACGUCUCUCUGGACAACUGCGUGUUGUUUUACAUCUCCAUAUCUACUCUUGAGGAAUUCCUGUCUUUGAAGUAUUUAAAAUUUGUCAAAGCUUUGGAUAGCCUUUUUAACUUACAAGCGUCCAAAACGCAUGUGUUUGGAAUGAAGUUGCAAGGAGAUAAAAUGCUGCUUCUGGCUGCAGUGAAAAGCUACAAUGGUCAGUAUUUAACCGGAGAUGUGGCAAGUGGAAUAUCAAACACACAUAAAAAGUUACUGGAAGCACAAAGCAAUGUGACUAUAUCCCAAAUAACCAGCGACCCCUGUAUGCUCCGUCCUUGCCAUAAUGGUGCCACUUGCAACAGAAACAUUCACAUCAGUCAGGAAGUUGCUGUGUUGGAAAGCUCCAGUCUUAUAUUUGUAUCUCCAUAUUUUGUGGAGAUCUUUAACUGCUCUUGUCCAGCAGGCUUUACAGGUGAUGCAUGUGAGCUAGACUUUGAUGAAUGCGCCAAGGAGCCUUGUGAAAAUGGGGGAAACUGCUAUAACAAUCCAGGAACUUAUUUUUGUCUGUGCAAAGAUGGAUUCUCAGGACCGCACUGUACUAUAGUUGAUAAUGAAUGUCAAACAGUGAUAUGUUUAAAUGGAGGAACGUGCUGGAACAGACAAGGAGGAUUCAUCUGUGAUUGCAGCCCAGGGUAUGAAGGAACAUUUUGUGAUCGUAUUGUUGACCACUGUGCUUCCUUCCCUUGUGUGAAUGGCAACUGCUCCAGUUUUUUAACUGGUUACUCUUGCCAAUGUCCAUUUGGCAUGUAUUUGAAGUAUUGA